UGCUCGGAGCUCGCGGGUGGGAGGAUCAGGAUGACUGCUGCUCCCGGAGCCAGCUUUCAACUCCCACCCCGCACAGGAGCCUCAGCAGCGCGAGGCGUCGCCCAGACCAGACCUGGAACCCUUGCAGCACGACCGCGGCGCGCUUCCCUCCGGAUCCAGCUCCCACCGUCAGAGCGUCCUCCCUCCGCCGCGCCCCGCUCAGCCCAGGCUGGGGCGGGGCCUCGGAAGCGGUCGCCCUCGCCCCGGACAGGGCGGUCCCUCGUUAGGCCAAGUUUUCAAACGGCAAAAUCAACCACGCGGAAGAGACUCUGCCUUCUCUUCACUCCGCAUCCCAAACGCCUCAGAGAAACUGCCUUUCAGACCUUCGCGGCCUCUCCUGUGCCCGCAGCGCCCGGGAGCUGGGGACCCGGGUUAGCCACAUCGACCGCAACGUUCGCGCGCCACCUUGUGUCCGUUCCUUUAGCUUCCAGGGACAACCCGGAAACCACAUUUCCCAGCGUGCCUAGCGCCUCUGCGCAGGCGCAAAUAGUUUCCCUCGUUGCCAUGGGAACCUCGCCCCUUCUAGAGUCCCGGCCGCUUGACUCAGCGAGGCGCGGUGUGGUUUUUUCCUGAGAUAUGGGAUGUUGGAGGACAUCUGGGGACCACAAAUACUCCUUCUCCUGGAGAUGCAACUCAAGGGUCCUCAAGGCCAUAGGACUCCAUAACUCUACAGGUGUCAGGGGCAGAAACAGGACUAUGUGAAGAUUCACAGCCUCCCAUUUCCUUGCCUUCAGGGAGCUUCAGCAUCUACCCUUGUUCCAGGCGGCUGCUCAGGAGCACCGUUCUACCCCUUUCUGCCUGGAGAAGCUGCCGUUUUUCCUUCAAGGAUCCUCGAAGCCAGAAGGAGCAGCCACCUCCCACUCCCAGCUGCUGCAAGCAAGCUGCUUUGACCUCUUUCUAGAGUUGGGGAUUGCUGCUGGAGUUCGAGUCUCCGGCCCAGAGUGGGUGCGAUGGUCUUGCUUGCACCGUGUAUCCUCCGACAGACGCCCGGGAACUCUACUCAGUGGGUGACCCCAGAGAGCUCGCACCCACAUUCGGACUCCGAGUCUAGCGCUCGGUCCACUGCACAGGAACCUCGCGCCCCAGAGCUGCGUCCUCUCUGCCCUUCGCGAUCCGAUGCGCGGCCCGCGGGACGCCCCGAUCUCCAAGGGCGCGGAAGGCCAAGGCGUGCCUGGAGAGCCAGGAGCAGCUGACGGGCGCCGCGGGCCUCCCGGGUCACGUGACACCCGGGGCAACGUGCGCCGUCACGUGACGGCGGAGCCUGUGAACGUUUUUCUCACGUGACGGAGGCGCCUGCGUGUGGACCAAUGGGGAGGCGGGGGAGGGGCUGGCAGGGGCGGUGCGCGGGAAGGACCCCGGCCUCUGAGGUCGCGGAGUGUGGGGUAGUGCUGGCCGCUGGCUGGGCGCUGGGGCAGCAUGAAGUGCCUGGUCACGGGCGGCAACGUGAAGGUGCUCGGCAAGGCCGUCCACUCCCUGUCCCGCAUCGGGGACGAGCUCUACCUGGAACCCUUGGAGGACGGGCUCUCCCUCCGGACGGUGAACUCCUCCCGCUCUGCCUAUGCCUGCUUUCUCUUUGCUCCGCUCUUCUUCCAGCAAUACCAGGCAGCCACCCCUGGUCAGGACCUGCUGCGCUGUAAGAUCCUGAUGAAGUCCUUCCUGUCUGUCUUCCGCUCACUGGCGAUGCUGGAGAAGACGGUGGAAAAAUGCUGCAUCUCCCUGAACGGCCGGAGCAGCCGCCUGGUGGUCCAGCUGCACUGCAAGUUCGGGGUGCGGAAGACUCACAACCUGUCCUUCCAGGACUGUGAGUCCCUGCAGGCCGUCUUCGACCCAGCCUCGUGCCCCCACAUGCUCCGCGCCCCAGCACGGGUCUUGGGGGAGGCUGUUCUGCCCUUCCCUCCUGCGCUGGCUGAAGUGACGCUGGGCAUUGGUCGUGGCCGCAGGGUCAUCCUGCGCAGCUACCAUGAGGAGGAGGCAGACAGCACUGCCAAAGCCAUGGUGACUGAGAUGUGCCUUGGAGAGGAGGAUUUCCAGCAGCUGCAGGCCCAGGAAGGGGUGGCCAUCACUUUCUGCCUCAAGGAAUUCCGGGUGAGGUUCCCCCCACGCACUUGCCGGUCCUGUCCUGCCUGCCCAGCUCAGCCCAACCCGGGGCCUCACCUGCUACCUCUUUCCUCUCAGGGGCUCCUGAGCUUUGCAGAGUCAGCAAACUUGAAUCUUAGCAUUCAUUUUGAUGCUCCAGGCAGGCCUGCCAUCUUCACCAUCAAGGACUCUUUGCUGGAUGGCCACUUUGUCUUGGCCACACUCUCAGACACCGACUCGCACUCCCAGGACCUGGGCUCCCCAGAGCGUCACCAGCCAGUGCCUCAGCUCCAGGCUCACAGCAUACCCCACCCAGACGACUUUGCCAAUGACGACAUUGACUCUUACAUGAUCGCCAUGGAAACCACUAUAGGCAAUGAGGGCUCGCGGGUGCUGCCCUCCAUUUCCCUUUCACCUGGCCCCCAGCACCCCGAGAGCCCUGGUCUCCACUCCGAGGAAGAUGAGGCUGAGCCCAGUACAGUGCCUGGGACUCCCCCGCCCAAGAAGUUCCGCUCACUGUUCUUCGGCUCCAUCCUGGCCCCUGUACGCUCCCCCCAGGGCCCCAGCCCUGUGCUGGCUGAAGACAGUGAGGGCGAAGGCUGAACCAAGAACCUGAAGCCUGUACCCAGAGGCCUUGGACUAGAUGAAACCCCAGCCAGUAGAAGAGCUGGGUCUCAGCCCUGGGGAUCAGAAAGGUGGGCUUGCUGGAGCUGAGCUGUUUCACUGCCUCUCGCAGGCCCCAGCUGGCUGUCACUGUAAAGCUGUCCCGCAGCAGUCAGGCCUGGGCCCUGUUAUCUCCCCACAACCCCCAGCCAAUCAUGACUUUCCAGACCUGGCCCUGAACUACUGACGUUCCUACCUCUUAUUUCCCAUUGAGUCUCAGGCUAUACUCCAGCUGGCCAAGGCUGGAAACCUGUCUCCCUCAAGCUCACCUUCCUAAGGAAAACAUCACAGCAGGUGCUGCCGGCCCCUGAUGAUCCAGCUUCUCUGCCAAUCAUGACCUGACCUGUUCCUUCCUGAAGUCCUGGGCAUGCAUCUGGGACGCCCGUGGAGCUGACAGUUUUUCUUGCUUUCCUGAUACUCUUUGGUGCCGACCUGGAAUUCUAAGAGCCUCGGACCUGCGUGUGUGGCUAGGGUUGCCCUUGCUGGGGCCUGGUGCCCAGCCUCCCAAGUAGCUCUGCGCAGAAGAGCUGCCAGGCAGCGUCUUAGACGCGAGACGGAGGCCAUGGCGAGAAUCCAGCUUUGACCUUUAUUCAAGAGACCAGAUGGGUUGCCCCAGGAUCCGGCUGCCAGCCCUGAGGCCAAGCACGGCUGGAGACCCACGACCUGGUCUGCCGUUGCCCUGAGCUGCAGCCUCAGCCCCAGGAUCCUGCUCACAGCCACCGCUGAUGCAGGCAGGAAGCAGCCCUGGGGGAUUGGACGCUGCUAUUGAUUCAUUAAAAAAAAAAAAAAAAGAAAAAU